CGGUCGUUAUCGCCGGAUGUGACGCGCGCGAUAAUGUGUGUUUUACGUUCGUUCGGCAGCUUGCGACUUAAUGAAUUAACGCGAUCGAUCAGGCUUUAAUAAUGGCGUCGAAAUGUUAAUUGCCUCGGAGAACCGAAUAAGAGAGAGAGAGAGAGAGAGAGAGAGAGAGAGGCUGGCUUCCUGUGAAUUAAGUUCCGUGAUUCAAUGAAGCUCGGCGGAAGCUCGGAUAGACCUGAAUCUCUCGCGGAAUUUUUAUCUCAGAAUCUAACGAAAGGACGUAUAAAACUCGCAACGCCCGAAGAGGGAGAAAAGGGAGAAGCACUACACACUACACGUAAUCCUCCGAAAAAAUUCUAUCAAGCCGUUGCAGCCCCCUCGUCGAUCUCCUCGCCGAUGUUCUCUCACGGUUUACGAUCAUGCGCGCGAUGCUUUACUUCCAGAUCAUGAAGCCACCAUGAAAACCGCGAAAAUCAGGCCGGCUGGCGGAGGCCGAUAAGCCGCCAUAAUGGGGAUAAAUCGAAAAGUGCAUCGGCACGUGAAAGGGUGCGCCGUUCGGACCUUCGUGUGGCCCCCAUGAAAAAGCUUCUGCGCAAGAACGAGCUUCACCGGCUAUAAAAGCCCGCACGAGACUCGUCCGCUUUCCAGUCACGUUUAGGGCUGCCUUUCAAGUGACGAAAAAAAAAAAAAAGCAGAAGAGGAAUUCGAGAGAGGGGGCUACUUGAAAUACGCUUAUCGGAGCAAGGUGAAAGAGGAAAAAGGAAGGAGAGAGCGAGAGAGGGGGAAUUGAUCGCGGGGAUCUAUCGAUGUUCGGAAAAGAUCUUCGCGCAAAUAGAAGUGGGAACACGUAGACACAGAAAUCGUCCUGAAAGGCUCGCUCUUGGUGCAACGUGAUUUUCUGCUCGUCCGAUUCGCAUUUUCCAAUUUUUCCCGUUUGUGCCGCGAAAGUCGCGUGAUCAAUCUCAAAAUUUCGAUCCGUAUCUCGCUGCGGCACUCAAUCGUGUGCCGGAUUUAACGGCGAAAUUAUUCGCCAUCGGGAGAUCGCGGGAAGUUGCGACGCGUAAAUCUUCGCCGAGGAUCCGCGGAAUCUCGCAAAAUCUGCCACAAUUCUUGUCAAUUUAUUCGAGUAGCACGGCGUGAGCGCUCUCUGUCGCUCGCCAUUCUCCAAGGACAUCCGGUAAAAACGUGCUUUAAAGAACGAACGCCGUUUCAAGAGACAAUCGCCUCGGAGUGUAUCACGCGUGCGUGUGUGUGCGGGUGUGUGUGGGGGUGUACAAUAUCUCUUCGGAGAGGAUCAAUGAUCAAGGAUGAGACCGGGCGACGUGAAGAACAGCCGCAUGAUCACCGUCGCGGUGGUCUAUCUGAGCCUCUUCCUGGAUAAUGUCCUGUUGACGGUAGUCGUGCCGAUUAUUCCCGAUUAUCUGUGCACGCUCGACGCGAAUGCGAGCGCGAGCGCCGCGAAGGAGGAGGACGAAAACGGCAGGGUGGGAUUACUCUUGAGCUCGAAGGCUCUCGUCCAAUUAAUUUUGAAUCCGGCCGUGGGGACCCUCACCGGUAACUUCGGCUACGCCAGACCCCUCUUCCUAGGAAACCUCAGCCUCUUGCUGGCUGCUUUACUGUUCGCCUUCGGACAGACAUACGAAGUGUUGUUCCUAGCCCGGAGUAUUCAGGGUAUAGCGUCGGCGUGUAUAGCAGUCUCCGGCAUGUCCCUGGUCGCCUCUCAAUAUUCCGAGGAAGACGAGAGAUCCAAGAUCAUGGGUUUUGUCCUGGGCAGCAUCGCGCUGGGCGUUCUCUUGGGUUACCCUAUCGGCUCCGUAUUGUACGAUCUCGAAGGGAAAAUGGCGCCUUUCCUGUUGGUGUCCGCUCUCGUCGUUAUCUUAAUUUGUCUGCAAAUCUUGACGUUAGACGUUCUGACGGAGGCCAAGACGCAUCAGCCGAGCGAGCAGCAGCAAAGCACUUGGAUGCACUUACUGUCUAAUUCGCAUAUCCUCAUCAUCUCCGGCGCGAUUUGGUGCUCGACGUCGCCGAUGGCGAUACUGGAGCCGUGCUUGCCGAUUUGGCUUCGGACUCACAUCAAACCCAAGAAGUGGCAACUGGGCACGGUGUUCAUACCGGAUAGCGUGGGCUAUUUAAUUGGGACCAACUUCUUCGGCGUGAUUGCGUACCGUUACGGUCGCAGCAAAGUGGCGAUCCUGGCAAUGUUUUUGGUCGGCGUGAGCGCCGUUCUGAUCCCGUCGGCGAGCACGAUGUCGCAGCUGAUAUUCCCGCAUCUCGGAAUGGGCCUGGGUAUCGGCGUCGCCGACGCAGCCCUCGUGCCGUUGCUGGCCAGUCUGGUGGACCGAAACGGCAACUACGGGCCCGUUUACUCCAUCCAACAAGUGGCCGUCAGUCUAGCUUAUUCCUUGGGACCCAUCAUGGGCGGCGAAAUGGUCAGAACCAUCGGCUUUGCAUGGGUCAUGCGAAUCGUAGGCAUCGUGAAUAUAGCGUAUUGCCCGUUGUUGAUAUAUCUGACGUUGGAGCGACGGAAACUGUUGACCAAGACGGAAGGGAAGAAGGACUACGACACGUUUCAGAAACCCAUCGCGCCGUACGAAAGAUUUCACGAUUCCUUCGACGACGAUCUCUGACGGUAAAUAACAAUCACAAACUGACGACGACCUCGCGCCGAUAAAUCCAAGGAGCCGAAACUCGAAGUCAAGUCUGUUGCGUUUUUCUGUACGUGUUAAAAUCUUCCCGAAUCUUGAAAGUAGAGUAGCGUGGUGAAGUAAUUUAACAUCUCCCGAUGAAUAUUACAUGUAAGUUCGAAAGAGGCGAGUUCCUCCAUUGAGAUACACAAACGCACGUGGUGAGAAACAUUUGAUGAGCUUUCCCGAUAAAUGACUUUCGAUGACUUUCCUUUGAAGAUAAUAACGAUAUGGAUGUACAUUCACGAUGUGUGUCCACAAUAAAUAGCGAGAACUCGUCUCUAUUAUACGCGAGACGCCUAAAAUACAUCACGUUUAAGCACAGAUUUGACGAUUCUUCGUCGACUCAUCCACUCCGGCGAAAAAACGCGAGCGAUUAUCGCAUAAUUGAUGCGGACUUGUCUCCCCGUGACGAAGAGUAGAGACGUGGGGGAAGGGUGAUAAAUAUCGUUAAGUCCGCUUUUAGAUACCUCGAAAUAGCAUCCGGUAACGUUAUUGUGUCCCCGAUUAAGCGGGCCGCAUGGAACGGGUUUUCGUCGUAACUGGUAACCAAGUGAAUUAUUGGCUGAACAGCAUCCCCGAGGCUGUCAUCCGUGGCAUCGAACGACGACGACGUUCCUCGGAUCGGGGAGCAGGAAUUCGUUGAAUUCGAGAGCGAUGCAUAGACAAGGAACACGCGACGCGGAGUUUCCAAUAGCGGGGAACGACGAUCGAUCGGCCAAGCGUGCGAGCGAGCGACCGACCGACAGAUCGACCGACGCGGUCCCUGAAAGCUUAUUAAUGCACUCAAUCUAUGGCGAAAUUCGUUUACGUUGCAUUAACGCUCCCGGUGCAUGCUGCAAGCAUUGACUCGUCAUUAGUUUACGUACGAUCGUCGCGCAGCACCUGAUCAAUGAAUGAAUCUGCCGCGAGCCGCCGGGCUCGCAAUCAAACUCGCCGCGGCGAGUUCAGAGAAAAUGAGGAAAAUCUCGGGGACGCUGAAAGAUAACAAAAAUAACCUUCCACCUGUGCACUCCGCAAGUGAGCAAACAGAGGAGAAGGUGCUCUUAAAACGCAGCUACUUUGUGCCGAAUCCCAAGUCGAAAUUUCGACGCUACUUCGACGCUCUUAAGGGUAGUUUUGCGCCUACUUGGAUGGCCUGUAGACUGAUAGAAAUCUAUCUUGACGAUACUGACACUUAUUAACCUUUCUCUUGAACUUUUAAUUCUACCGGCUUCAUUUUAAUGCUACCUCGACAACCUAUUUUGACGAUGAAGCAUCAUCAGGGUCGAAACGAGAGUAAGUUAGAGCUGAAAUUUAAUGUAUUUUAAUUUUUAUCGUGUCGUAGAAUUGAAGGUUUAACGGACGGCCCAAAUUUCGACUCGGGAUCGUAAAAGUGUUUUGUAUUCUCGCCCGUGAAGGCUGUUUAAUGCGCCGACAUUCGAUUACGCUCGAUGCAAUCUCGAUGAUUUUUCAGCACGAUGCGAAAUAUAGCGCAAUACCGGCCGCUUGGUCUCGCUUAUAGCCGCUUCAUAUCUCUCGUGUAUAAUGAAAAAGGGAGCGAGAUAAUAAAGUAUGUAUGUACACACAAGGCUCGGAUUACGGUUGCGGAAUCAUGAGAGGAAAAUGUAAUUUUCGUUCGAUUCUCACGGAAUAAUGGAAGACGUUCGGGUAGAGUUCGGCCGCGUUCUUCCGAUGAUUAUUAUUCAUCAUUCCUUCGAUUCGUAUCGACCGGCGGGUACUUCGUCGGGAUUCCGCGUAACCGUGAUCGUUACUAUUCCCGCCCGGCGGGAUAAUGAUUCCGGCCAUUAUUCCGCCGGGCAAGCUAAUAAUUUCGAUUCGUCGGAUAAUGCGGCGCAAAUAUUGGCCGUAGGAAAGUUCAAGCGCGCAGAUAAAUCCCGGCUAUUUUCCUCCAGAAAGUCGAAGGCGUAACGUAAACAAGCGGCCGGGGUGGGGAAGGGGAGGAGGGCCCGCUCGGUUUCCGUGGGAUUUGUGAGCGACGGGCGAAGAGCUGCGCCACGAGAGGAGGCGAAAGGGGGUGUGAUUUUGCGCCCCCGGGGUUCGCACAGCGGCGAACGACGCGAUCGUCAUUAGCGAAGAUGUCGGACUAAUCGCGCCGUCGCGAUACAAGCCGAACGCAACCCCCGUUGGGGCGAUGCAUGUGCCUGCGUGCGGCUUUUUUCUAAAAAUACACCGACCCCUCGAAGGACGUCUGUUUUUUUCGCGGCGCCUAAUCGUAUAUCGAUAUUUCGCGGAGUCGAUGUUGCUGAUUAAUCACUCGUUGCACUCGUGUCACGGUUGCUGGAGACGGUUGUACACGGUUGAACCGUUCAUUCUAGCAUUUAUUGCCUCUGUGGUGUGUAAAAGCGUAAUCAAUAUAUGAGAGAUUUUAUUUCAUCGUGCAAGAAUACACAUUCUGAGAUUCUGCGUGAGUGGCGAAAGUGCGAGACGGGGAAAUACAGAUUCGAUCGUGUCGCAUCCGCAUCUCACAGCGGUGACUUCUCCCUUCAAAAUCGAUCUCUCUUCGCUCGACGAUGUUAAAAUCCAUCUGAAUUUCUCCUCUUUUCCGUAAAAGUGUUUUCCACCGUCUUACGCUUCGUCGGUACGAUCGCCGUGCGAGAGAAAAGGGAACAUGUCGCGGUGGCACGCGAGAAUUCGAUCUCAAUUAAGGAGGUAUCUCCUUAAUUGAUCGAAAUCUCCUUCUCGGUUUCGCGCCGAAUGUUGCGGCGAGUCAAUAAUUACGCCGGUUAAAUUAUAGCCUAUAAAUAGAAAAUCGA